AUGCCCGGCCCUCUGUCCCUCUUCUCCGUCAACGCGGUUCUCGUCAUGUCCGCUGACGAUGGCUCCCGAAUUUUCACCAAGUACUACUCAGCACCACAUGCCCCCGCCGGUGCUGCCCCCAACUCGACCAAUUACCCCGGCGCCAACCCAUACCCCACCGUCAAGGAGCAGCGCGCUUUCGAGAAGGGCCUCCUCGAGAAGACCAACAAGUCUUCAAGCGAUGUGAUUCUGUACGACAACCGCAUCGUCGUCUUCAAGAUGGAGAGCGACGUCAUGCUCUACGUUGUUGGCAGCGCCGACGAGAACGAGGUCCUGCUGUACAAUGUUGUCCUCUCACUACGGGAUGCUCUCGGAAUUCUAUUCAAGGGCGCAACUGACAAGCGCACCAUUGUCGAGAACUACGACCUGGUCUCCCUCACUAUUGACGAAAUCAUCGACGACGGCAUCAUCCUCGAGACAGACCCCGUCAUGAUCGCUUCUCGGGUCAGCCGUGCCCCCGCUGCGGACGCGCCUAAUAUGAAGAACAUCGAUCUCUCCGAACAGGGUCUCAUGAAUGCUUGGGAGUUUGGUAAGCGCCGUCUUGCCGAGGGUCUGCGCCAAAUGUAA